UGCGGGGCCCCUUCCCUCCCGGGGCCAUGUCCCUUUCCCGGGCACACGGAGACCUGGCGGCCACCACCGCGGCGCCUCUGUCCGAAGAAGGGGAAGUGACUUCGGGCCUCCAGGCUCUGGCCGUGGAGGACACCGGAGGCCCCUCGGUCUCGGCCACUAAGGCCGAGGAAGAGGGGGAAGGAAGCCAAGAGGAGGCCGAGCUCGAGGGGUCCCGGGUCGAGGAGACCCAAGAAGCCGGCAGCGCCGCGGGGGAAGAGCAAGCCGAUGGGGAAGCCGAGGACUGGUGCGUGCUCUGCAGCGACGAGGAGGUGGAGCUGCCCGCGGACGGGCAGGCGUGGAUGCCCCCUCCCGCGGAGAUCCAGCGGCUCUACGAGCUGCUGGCGGCCCACGGGACCCUGGAGCUGCAAGCCACCAUCCUGCCCCGCCGGCCACCCACACCCGAGGCUCCGAGUGAAGAGGAGAGAUCGGAUGAAGAGCCGGAGGCCAAAGAGGAAGAGGAGCAAAAACCCCACAUGCCUACGGAAUUUGACUUCGAUGAUGAGCCAGUGACACCAAAGGACUCCUUGAUUGACCGGAGACGCACCCCAGGAAUGUCAGCGAGAAGCCAGAAACGAGAAGCUCGCCUGGACAAGGUCCUCUCCGAUAUGAAGCGACACAAGAAACUGGAGGAGCAGAUCCUUCGGACCGGGAGGGACCUUUUCAGCUUGGAUUCAGAGGACCCCAACUCCACCAGCCCCCCACUCCGGUCCUCAGGGAGUAGUCUCUUCCCUCGUCAACGGAAAUAUUGACUGUUACCGCUUCUGCCUCCAGGUGCAGGUUAUAUACGCCCAUGGGGCCUGAGGCCCUCUCUUCUAACCAGGACCAGUUGAGUGGGAUGGGAGGCGUGGCUCAGGAGGUGGAGCACCAGCCAUUGGGUAAAAGUUUCAGUACUAAGUUUGAGCUGGGGUCUCAGACCUUUCCCUCCCACCCCCCAAAAAGGAUAUUUAGGAAAGAGAAGCUCCAAAGUCAAAAUCCCAACACAUCAUCUUGGAAGAAAGAAAGUAUGUGUGUGCACGCGUGCGCGUGUGUAUUUUCUAUUAAAUAUGUUUGGAGACUUGGAUUUUCUGACUCAAUAAAACAUUCAGAGGGAUCUUCUCUUCA